UUGCUCGGCUCGCUCAGGCUAUGGUUCACCCACAGUGGCUGCUUUGACUGUGUCUCCGCGCAUAGAGCGAGUCCUACUCAUCCUUCUCCUCCUGAAACAUCGCCUCUGCUUUCUCUCCUUUCUCCUUUUUUGUUCUUGUUUGUUUGUUGCAACGACACAAAAACAGCCGGAUUGUCCGAAGAGGAAGGAAAAGAGGAAGAAGGAAAAGAAGGAGAAGAAGGAGGAAAAAAAAGCUGGUGCAGCAACUUUUUUCCCCUGCAUAUUUCCCCCCCUCCACCAGAAUAUGUCGUUGACCAACACAAAGACGGGCUUUUCGGUAAAGGACAUUUUGGACCUUCCCGACACGAACGACGAAGAUGGAUCUAUCACCGGCGCGGAGGAAGACACGGAGGGAUCGGAGACCACGUCCACGACGAAAACCGCUGGAGUUUUGGUGCAAAGUCCUCUAGAAAACGCUCAGAACCUGCCUUUAAAGAACCCCUUUUAUGACAGUAGUGACAACCCUUACACACGAUGGCUUGCUACUACGGACAGCAUCCAGUAUUCAUUGUUUCUCCCGUUUCUUGCCGCAGUGCACGGUCUCUCCGCCAGCUCGCAGGACUCAGCCAAGUCCCCGGAGCCGUCCGCGGACGACGAAUCGCCGGACAACGACAAGGAGACCUCCAGCAGCGGCGGCAGCGACUCCGGCAAGAAGCGGAAAAGGCGGGUGUUGUUCUCCAAGGCGCAGACCUACGAGCUGGAGCGCCGCUUCAGGCAGCAGCGGUACCUGUCCGCCCCGGAGAGGGAGCACCUGGCCAGCCUGAUCCGCCUCACCCCGACCCAAGUGAAGAUCUGGUUCCAGAACCACCGGUAUAAGAUGAAGAGAGCCCGGGCCGAGAAAGGUAUGGAAGUGACCCAUCUCCCUUCUCCCAGGCGGGUGGCCGUGCCCGUCUUAGUCAGGGAUGGAAAGCCUUGUCACACUCUUAAAGCUCAGGACUUGGCGGCCACUUUUCAGGCCGGGAUCCCCUUCUCGGCUUACAGUGCCCAGUCACUCCAACACAUGCAGUAUAACGCGCAGUACAGCGCCGCGGCCACGCCACAGUUCCCCACAGCACACCAUUUGGUGCAAACGCAACAGUGGACUUGGUGAGAGAAAUGAUAGAGACUUGGCUUGGAGGCACGAUAGGGAGUUUCACCACAAAGCAAAGAGAAAGAAAGAAAAAAAGAAACACAAAAAAAACAAAAAGACUUUUCAUUUUUGCAGCUUGACUCAUAUAUAUACUACCAUUUUUAUUCGGGGCUCCUGUGUGCGCCGUGUUUACGUGUUUUCGUUAAGAGAACUGGGUCCAAACCUCUCCCUUAUAGAUUUUAUUAAGAAAAUGUCAAUGCUCUUCUUGUGAAUUUUUUUUUGAUUUGUAAAAGUAUGUUGUGUGUUGGUUGUAAAGAUGUUUCCUCUCUUUUUAUUUUUUUUUUUCAUUUAUCCCUUCGUGUUAUUAUCAGCACGUACGAACCACUUUAUAAUUAUAGAAAUUUUUAAUUUCUUGCUUCUUUUAUGGACCGAAAAAAUAUUUAUGGCCACGAAUAAACACUGGCAACUUUUCAGCUA